UGAGCAGGUGGAUCUAUUGCAUGGUAUAAUGUCUGAUAAAGAAUAUAAGGUGAUUUUGGAUUGUACAUUCAUGAAUUUAUCAGAAGAACCAAGGCUUCCUGCUAGUUUUCGGGGUGGAAAAUCUGAUUCGAAGGAUACUAUUAAGCUUCUGGUUGAUAAGGUUAACUUGAACGGUCAAAUUUUGUUGUCUCAAACAGUUACAAUUAUAUCUGUUGUGGUGAACCAUGCCUUGCUGGAGCUUUGUAAUGGCACUGAUGGGGAGUCUCCAUUGGCUCAUAUUGCGCUGGAAGGUCUAUGGGUUUCAUAUCGCAUGACAUCUUCAUCAGAGACAGACCUGUUUGUGACAAUUCCAAAAUUUUCUAUUCUAGAUUUUCGCCCUGAUACGAAACCUGAAAUGCGCCUGAUGCUUGGAUCUUCCACUGAUGCUUUGAAACAAGCCGGUACUAUAAAGGUUCCCGUUUUGUUUAACCCAGUUAGCUUUCGGAAGUCAAGCAGUGAAGCUGGAAUUGAUGAUACACCCAUUUCAACAAUGUUCUUGAUGGACUAUAGGUGGCGUAUGUCAUCACAAUCAUUUGUAAUUCGUGUGCAGCAGCCUCGAGUCCUUGUUGUGCCAGAUUUUCUUCUUGCAGUGGCAGAGUUUUUUGUGCCUUCUCUUGGAGCACUCACGGGAAGAGAGGAAACAAUGGAUCCAAAGAAUGAUCCCAUUAGCAAAAACAGUAGCAUAGUGCUGAUGGAAGCAGUUUACAGGCAGGAAGAAGAUGUGGUGCACCUCUCCCCAUCUAAACAGUUAGUUGCAGAUUGUGUAGGCAUUGACGAAUAUACAUAUGAUGGCUGUGGAAAGGUUAUUUGUCUUUCUGUUGAAACAGAUACAAAAGAAGUCCGCAGUACAAGAUCUAGACCAAUUAUAGUCAUUGGACGUGGCAAAAGGUUGCGAUUUGUUAAUGUAAAAAUUGAGAAUGGUUCUCUACUAAGGAAGUAUACGUACCUGAGUAAUGAUAGCAGCUACUCAACCUCUAUUGAAGAUGGUGUGGACAUUGUCGUUCCAGGUGAUUUGUCUUCUUAUGAUGAGCAAAGCCUUGAAACCAUAAAUCAAACAUCAGGGUCUUCCGUAUAUUCUCAAAGUGAAUCAAAUGGAACUCAAAGUUUUACGUUUGAAACCCAGGUUGUUUCUUCCGAGUUCACCUUCUACGAUGGUACUAAGUCAUUUCUCGAUGAUUCAUCUUAUAGUGAGAAGCUUAUCCGGGCAAAGUUGGACCUUAGCUUCAUGUAUGCCUCCAAGGAAAAGGACACUUGGAUUAGAGCCCUGGCGAAGGAUUUUACUGUUGAAACUGGUUCUGGUCUUAUCAUUCUAGAUCCAGUGGAUGUUUCAGGGGGAUAUACUUCUGUGAAGGAUAAAACAAAUAUAUCUUUGCUAUCAACGGACAUUUGUAUUCAUCUUUCACUUAGUGCUGUUUCUCUUAUACUAAAUCUUCAAAGUCAGGCAUCUGCUGCAUUAAAUUUGGGAAGUGCAACUCCCCUUGUUCCAUGCACCAACUUUGACCGAAUUUGGGUGUCUGAAAAAGAGACUGGUCCCAACAACAAUAUUACCUUUUGGAGGCCUCAAGCUCCUGCUAAUUAUGUUGUAUUAGGGGAUUGUGUGACGUCAAGGCCAGUUCCUCCAUCACAGGCAGUAAUGGCAGUAAGUAACACAUAUGGUCGUGUAAGGAAGCCAGUUGAUUUCCAUCUUAUUGGGUCAUUCCAGAAUAUUGAAGAUGGUGGAAGUGAUAGCCAUUCUAUUUCUGCCUGUGAUUGUUCUCUUUGGAUGCCUGUUGCGCCCCCAGGAUACACAGCACUAGGCUGUGUAGCCCAUGUUGGGAACCAACCACCCCCGAAUCAUGUUGUUCAUUGCCUACGUUCUGAUCUUGUAACAUCAGCAAAGUAUUCGGACUGCAUAUUUAAUAUCCCAUCAAAUUAUCAGUUUACCUCUGGAUUUAGCGUAUGGCGCCUUGACAAUGCUAUUGGCUCUUUUUUUGCUCAUUCUUCCUCUGGUUGCCCUCUCAAAGACGGACUUUACAACUUAAAUCAUCUGCUUGUUUGGAAUUCAAAUAGAGUUCCUCUUGUAGCUCCAGUAUCAGAUUUAAAUUCUGACCAGGAAAAUAAUAAUCAGCAGACUGCUAAAAGCAUGAAUACAUCUGGAUGGGAUAUUCUUAAAUCCAUUUCAAAAGCAACUAACUGCUAUAUGUCUACACCCAACUUUGAAAGGAUUUGGUGGGACAAAGGUAGCGACCUCCGCCGCCCGGUCUCUAUUUGGCGACCUAUUGCACGUCAUGGUUAUGCUGUCUUGGGAGAUUGCAUCACUGAAGGCCUUGAACCUCCUGCACUGGGAAUAAUAUUCAAGAAUGACAAUCCCGACAUCUCUUCAAAACCUCUUCAAUUUACGAAAGUUUCCCAUAUUGUAGGGAAAGGGAUUGAGGAAGUUUUCUUCUGGUACCCCAUUGCUCCUCCUGGUUAUGUAUCUUUAGGUUGUGUUGUCUCAAGAACCGAUGAAGCACCACGUACAAAUUUGUUUUGCUGCCCUAGGAUGGAUCUUGUUAGCCAAGCAAACAUUUUUGAGACUCCUCUUUCAAGAUCUUCAAGCUCAAGAGCUCCUCAAUCCUGGAGCAUUUGGAAAGUAGAAAAUCAGGCAUGCACUUUUUUGGCUCGUUCUGACCUUAAAAAACCGUCAAGUCGUUUGGCCUACAUAAUUGGUGAUUCAGUGAAACCAAAGACCCGAGAAAACAUAAAUGCUGAGCUGAAGCUGCGAUACUUUUCCCUGACGAUUUUAGACAGCUUAUGUGGAAUGAUGCGACCCUUGUUUGACACUACAAUUACCAAUAUUAAGCUUGCAACACAUGGUGGGCUACAUGGGAUGAAUGCAGUCCUUAUUUCUUCCAUUGUUGCAUCAACCUUCAAUGCAAAAUUAGAGGCAUGGGAACCCUUUGUGGAACCAUUUGAUGGAAUAUUCAAGUUUGAAACAUUUGAUACAAAUGCACAAUCACCGUUCGGAUUAGGUAAGAGAAUUCGAGUUUCUGCAACUAGCAUCUUGAAUGUAAAUGUCAGUGCAGCAAAUCUUGAAUCCUUUGUGGGGAGUGUUCAUUCAUGGAGAAGACAGCUAGAGUUUGAACAGAAAGCAUCCAAGCUAAAUGCGGAGGCUGGUGGUCAACACAAAGGAGAAAGUACAACUUUUUCUGCUCUAGAUGAGGAUGACUUGCAGACUGUGAUAGUAGAAAAUAAACUUGGGUGUGAUAUCUUUGUCAAAAAAGUUGAGCAUGAUGUAGAUACAGUUGACAUGCUACAUCACGGAGACUGUGUUUCUGUGUGGAUUCCUCCUCCACGGUUUUCAAAUAGGUUAAAUGUUGCAGAUGAAUCUAGAGAAGCACGUUACUAUGUCGCAGUACAGAUACUGGAAGCAAAGGGUUUAUCUAUAAUUGAUGAUGGUAACAGCCAUAACUUCUUCUGUGCCUUGCGUCUUGUUGUUGACAGUCAGGCGUCCGAGCAGCAAAAGCUUUUUCCUCAGAGUGCAAGAACAAAGUGUGUCAAGCCUAUAAUAUCAAGAAUUAAUAGUCGGGAUGAAGGCAAUGUAAAGUGGAAUGAACUUUUUAUAUUUGAAGUUCCCCGAAAGGCCCCUGCCAAGUUGGAAAUAGAGGUUACAAAUCUUGCUGCAAAAGCCGGGAAAGGGGAUGUCGUGGGUGCACUUUCCUUUUCUGUUGGACAUGGUGCUAAUACUCUUAAGAAAGUUGCUUCAGUGAGAAUGUUUCAUCAACCAUAUGAUGCUCAAAAUAUUAGAUCGUAUCCAUUUACUAGAAUGGGUCAGCAAAGCAAUGUUGAAUUCAUGCAUGACAGCUCCCUCGUUGUUUCAACUUCUUAUUUUGAAAGAAAUACUAUUGCUAAUCUUCAAAAAGAAUUGGAAAGUGAAAAUACUAGGGAUAGAGACAUAGGUUUUUGGGUGGGUCUUGACCCACAGGGUGAGUGGGAGAGUGUCCGAUCAUUACUUCCACUUACAGUUGGUCCAAAAUUCUUACAGAAGGAAUAUAUCGGUAUGGAAGUUGUGAUGAAAAAUGGGAAGAAGCAUGUAAUUUUCAGGGGUCUUGUCGGAGUAGUGAAUGAUUCAGAUGUUAUAUUGACUAUUUCAACGUGUAAUGCUUCUUGUGGUCAUGAGCCCUCACUUGGAACAAGCACUUCGAAUACAGUGGUUGAAGAAGUCUUUCAAAAUCAGUAUUAUCAGCCAUCAUCAGGUUGGGGUAACAGUUGGCCAGGUGUACACCCUGAUAAUCCUAGACACUGGAGCACAAGGGACUUCUCGGCCUCAUCAAAGGACUUCUUUGAACCUCCACUUCCUCCUGGGUGGAAAUGGGCUUCAGGUUGGUCUAUAGAAAAGUUUCCGCAUGUUGACAAGGAAGGCUGGGCAUAUGGAUCAGACAUUAAAAAUUUAAGAUGGCCUCCUACUUCAUCAAAAUCUUCAACAAAAUCGGCCUCUGAUGUUGUCCGUCGAAGGCGUUGGAUUCGUACUAGACAACCCACUUCUGAACAAGGUGUAGAAUCCUUGCAGAGUGGAGUAAGUACUGUGCAACCUGGAGCGUCCACUAUUUUAUCAUGGAGAAGUACGUCAAAGGACUCUGAACAACAUUUGCAAAUUCGACCUAGCUUUGAUAAUUCUCAGCCCUCGUAUUCAUGGAGUCAUGCUGUAGCUGUUGGUUCAACUUAUAUAUUUAGCAAAGACCAACAAUUAGAUCCAGGUUGUAGACCCAAUUCUGUGACAUCCAAUUGUUCUUUAAAGCUAAAUGAGAUUGAGAAAAAGGAUAUACUUCUGUGCUGUAAUCCUAGCAGUGGAAGUAAACAGUUAUGGUUUAGUGUGGGUACAGAUGCCUCAGUCCUUAAUACUGAACUAAAUAACCCUGUAUAUGAUUGGAGAAUAUCUAUUAACUCUCCUAUGAAAUUGGAGAACCGACUUCCUUGUCCUGCUGAAUUUUCAAUCUUAGAGAAAACAAAGGAAGGAAAUUGUGUCGAGCGACAUUGUGGUAUCGUUUCUUCUCGUCAGAGUGUACAUAUCUAUUCAGUUGAUAUUCAGAAACCUUUGUACCUUACUUUGUCUGUGCAGAAUGGUUGGGUUAUGGAAAAGGAGCCAAUUCUUGUGCUGGAUCCUGCUUUAUCAAAUCACGUCUCAUCGUUCUGGAUGGUUCACCGACAAAGUAGAAGGAAAUUGCGUUUGAGUAUAGAACAUGAUAUGGGUGGGACAAGUGCUGCACCAAAAACAUUAAGACUUUUUGUCCCUUAUUGGAUUGUCAAUGAAUCUUCCCUGCCUUUGUCAUAUCGUUUGGUGGAAGUGGAACCUUUGGAAAAUGCAGAGGUGGAUUCGGUCUCACUUUCUAGGGCUGUCAGGUCUGCUAAGACAGCUUUGAAAAAUCCCAUUAGCUCGCUGGAUAGAAGGCAUUUUAGUUCAAGGAAGAACCUACAAGUACUUGAAGUAAUUGAAGACAGCAACCCAUUUCCCAGCAUGCUUUCUCCACAAGAUUAUGCUGGCCGUAGUGGAGUUACAAUGUUUCAAUCUCAGAAAGAUACAUACUUGUCACCUAGGCUGGGCAUUUCUGUUUCGAUGCGCUAUUCUGAAGUUUACAGCCCUGGGGUUUCUCUGCUUGAACUGGAAAACAAGGAACGUAUUGAUGUUAAGGCUUUCAAAUCUGAAGGAUCUUACUACAAGCUUUCAGCAUUGUUGAAAAUGACUUCAGACAGAACAAAGGUGGUUCAGUUCCAGCCACACACAAUGUUCAUCAAUAGGGUUGGAUGUAGUCUCUGCCUACAGCAAUCCGAUACUCAGUCUGUUGUAUGGAUACAUCCCACUGAUCCUCCAAAACCAUUUGAGUGGCAGUCGUCAGCUAAAGUUGAACUUUUGAAGUUACGGAUAGAUGGCUACAAAUGGAGUACACCAUUCAGUGUAGGUUAUGAAGGUAUAAUGCGCAUUAGUUUGAAAAAAGAUGUUGGAGAUGAAACAAUGCAAUUAAGGGUUGCAGUAAGAAGUGGCGCUAAGAGAUCACGAUUUGAAGUGGUUUUUCGUCUGAAUUCAUUGUCAAGUCCUUACAGAGUUGAAAAUCGUUCGAUGUUCCUACCCAUUCGUUUUCGUCAAGCUGAUGGUAUCGGUGAUUCCUGGCAACUGCUGCUUCCAAACUCUGCUGCUUCUUUUCUGUGGGAAGAUCUUGGUAGAAGACGUUUGUUGGAACUCUUGGUAGAUGGUACUGACCAAAUGAAAUCACUGAAGUACGAUAUCGAUGAAAUUUCUGAUCACACGCCUGUCCAUGUAGCAGAAGGACCAACCAGAGCGUUGCGUGUUACAAUUGUAAAGGAAGAGAAAACCAAUGUUGUUAAGAUCAGUGAUUGGAUGCCUGAAACUGAACCAAUAGGAGUUAUGAGCCGAAGACAUUCAUCAUCAGUGAAUGAUUCUCAAAAGCAACAGCUAAUGUCAGAUACGGACUUUGAGUUUCACAUCAAUGUUGAUCUUGCUGAGUUUGGGGUGUCUAUUGUUGAUCAUACACCAGAGGAAAUUUUGUACCUGUCUGUUCAGAAUCUUGUUCUGGCAUAUUCAACCGGUUUGGGAUCCGGAAUCAGUAGAUUCAAACUCAGAAUGUGUGGGCUACAAGUGGACAACCAACUGCCAUUAACUCCAAUGCCAGUCCUCUUCAGGCCUCAAAGAGCUGUGUCAGAGACUGAUUAUAUCCUGAAAUUUUCCAUUACAAUACAAUCAAAUGGAUCAUUGGAUCUUUGUGUCUAUCCAUACAUUGGUCUUCAUGGGCCGGAAAGUUCUGCUGCCUUUUUAGUAAACAUCCAUGAACCUAUUAUUUGGCGCCUUCAUGAAAUGAUCCAGCAGGUGAAGCUUGGUAGGCUGUCUGAAUCUCAAACAACUGCUGCAUCAGUUGAUCCAAUCAUUCAAAUUGGUGUCCUUAAUAUUUCGGAAGUACGGUUCAAAGUGUCGAUGGCUAUGUCGCCAAGUCAAAGACCUAGGGGAGUGCUUGGAUUUUGGGCAUCUUUAAUGACUGCAUUAGGCAACACGGAAAAUAUGCCUGUCAGGAUAAACCACAGGUUCAAUGAGAACGUAUGUAUGAGGCAGAGUUCUAUGAUUAGCAUGGCUAUCUCAAAUAUCCGGAAAGAUCUUCUAGGCCAACCGCUUCAGCUGCUUUCAGGUGUUGAUAUAUUGGGCAAUGCAAGUAGUGCACUUGGACAUAUGAGCAAAGGUGUAGCUGCAUUGUCUAUGGAUAAGAAGUUUAUUCAAAGUCGACAGAGACAGGAAAACAAAGGUGUGGAGGAUUUUGGUGAUGUUAUAAGAGAGGGAGGUGGAGCUUUUGCUAAAGGUUUAUUCAGAGGGGUAACUGGCAUUUUAACAAAGCCUCUUGAAGGAGCUAAAACUUCGGGCGUCGAAGGUUUUGUUCAGGGUGUUGGGAAGGGUAUUAUUGGUGCAGCUGCUCAACCUGUGAGUGGUGUUCUGGAUCUUCUGUCAAAAACGACAGAAGGUGCCAAUGCUAUGAGAAUGAAAAUUGCCUCUGCUAUAACAUCUGAUGAACAGCUUCUCCGGAGGAGGUUGCCUCGUGUUAUAAGUGGUGAUAAUUUGCUUCAAUUAUAUGAGGAGUAUAAAGCUCAAGGACAGGUAAUACUGCAGUUGGCAGAAUCAGGUUCAUUUUUUGGCCAGGUUGAUCUGUUCAAAGUUCGAGGAAAGUUUGCUUUAUCAGAUGCUUAUGAAGAUCACUUUAUGCUUCCAAAGGGGAAAAUCUUCAUGGUCACUCAUAGAAGAGUCAUACUACUGCAACAACCGUCCAAUAUUAUUGCUCAGAGGAAGUUCAGCCCUGCAAAGGAUCCUUGUUCGAUAGUGUGGGAAAUACUGUGGGAUGACUUUUGUACAAUGGAACUGAUGCAUGGAAAAAAGGACAACCCAAAAUCUCCUCCUUCGCAGCUCAUUUUAUAUUUGCAGUCUAGAUCAUUGGAUGUGAAAGAAAAUGUUCGUGCUGUAAAAUGCUACCCUGAAUCCCAUCAAGCUCUUCAAGUCUACUCUUCAAUUGACCAUGCAUUGAGCAUUUAUGGGCCAAAUGCCUCAAAAGGAAUGCUGAAAAAUAAAGUAACCAAGCCAUAUUCACCACUUGUUGAUGGUCCUAAUGUAGAUGUCACACCAAAAGAAGGGGUAUGCCCCUGGUCCCCACAACAGAUGCCUGGAUCAGCUCCUAUCUCUUCAAGUUUUGGAAGCAGUUCCAAUCACUAGGACUAAGUUUUCAUCAUAUAUUGCUUCGCUACAUUGAACAUAAUCAAAGGCUCUAUCUCAAAUUUGCCUAGCCAAAUUCUGCCCCGUCGAAGCCCACGUCAAUAUGUCUGCUUGAUUUUGGUCUUGCUUAUAUCUGUUCGACAAAUGAGGCAUAGAACCCUUUGUUUGAUAAUUUUGCUGACAUCCGUUCAACCAAUGGAGGCAUAGAAAGAAGAGCCCAUUUGCUCUUCGUUUUGUAAAGCGUUAUCUUUUGCAUUUUCCUUACUAUCAUUAUUGACAUGAUAAUGUCCUGGAACAAUAUACCUAAUGGAUAUGAAAUGGUUAGGGAUUUAGAAUUGAUUCAAAAUCAGUGGAUUUCUUAGGUAGUAGGCAUUAGUUCUUGUGUAUAAUAUUGAAGAAAAACAAUAUCAUUGUACAUAUAUAAAAAUCACAGAGUAAAACCCAA